AUGAUACAAAACGCAAAUUGUUGUGGUGUGAGUCGAAUCGAAGAAACCGUUCCUGAAGACAGGAUUAGUGCAUUGCCCGAAGAUUUGCUCGUAAUGAUCUUGGAUCUUGUUCCGACAAAAGACGCAGUGGCCACCAUGUUUCUUUCCAAACGAUGGUUCUCUGUUUGGACGAUGAAACAGAGACUUGAGUACAUUGACAUGGAGGAUGAAAGCAAAAAGAGCGUCUGGCGGUUUCUUGAGAAAUCAUUGCAACUCCACAGAGCACCCGUAAUAUCCAACUUGUGUAUUGUACUCGGUCCAAGUUGUCCUACCGAUGCUGAUGUCGGGAAGUUGGUUGCAAACGCUGUUGAUCGCUCGGUGCUUGAGAUGAAACUCCAACUCCUCUGGUCCGCAGAUCCUGCCAUAUUGCCCAAGACCCUUUACUCUUGCCAAUCUCUCGUGACACUGACUCUCUCCGACAAGAUUCUCGUGGAUGUUCCUUCUUCCGCUUCCUUGCCAUCCCUGACAACCCUCUACCUUCACGAUGUGUUGUAUAAAGACGAUGAUUCCCUGGUUAAGUUAUUAUCGAGCUGUCCUGUUCUGGAGAAACUGUUUGUUAAACGAAACAAGAAGGAUGACAAUGUGACGAGGUUUCGUGUGGAAAUGCCUAAUUUAUUGUGCGUAUCGUAUAAAAAUUUAAGAGACGACAGUGGUGUAGCAGACACUGGUAGGUACUUGGUUAUAGUUACUUCGGCAUUAACACACUUUGAAAUCUUUGACGCUUCGGGGGACUCUCGCUCGAUGGAGAUGCCUAGUCUUGAUAGUGCAACUAUCGCCAUUGCUUCUUAUCCUGAUGACAAGUUUCUAAGAUCGGUUUUUGCUUCGCAGGGACAUACCACCAAGGAUCUUCCACUUUCUUGGAUUCAACCGAGUUCUGUUCCUGGAUGCUUGUCGUCACAACUCGAGGAUUUUGAGUGGUAUGCAUAUGUAGGGAGAGAAGAAGAGGAACAGUUCUUGACAUACCUCUUAGCAAACUCCAACUGUUUAAAGACUGCAAAAAUCUCUCUGAGUUUACCCACCUGCGAGUUUGAAUCCGACUUCGAGCUUGCAAAGGAGAUGACGAUGGACGGCUUCAAAGACAUUCCUAGGGUUUCAACAGAAUCCCAGCUUGUAAUCAAAGUUUUAACAUGA